UACACAAUGCAGACGAUUAUGACUUGCAAGUUUACUUAAACCAAUGGACGGUGGAAAUCGGCGUGUUCAUAGAAGGGUCAUGCAAUCAAACAAUAAACGUACUUGCACAGGGGACCGUUACGAGCUAAUGGACAUAUUCAACUUCGGCAAGAUCCAAGGAAACAAUUUGGAAAGGAAAUACCUCGGAACUUGGAGCGAGGAAAGCGGUUUGAACGUUUCGGCGAGCACAUUCAAAUAUUAUGAUCGCUGGGAUUUCCACAAUUUGACGCUGCGCGCCGUCACCGUGGUUCUAGGUCGGCCUAAAGCCUUCGAACCCGAGAUGUUAACCAGCUUGAGUUAUACAAAGGGAAUAUCGGUGUUUACAAAAACCGCUGCCCAGGUCCUUCAGCCUAUCCGAGAAAUACAUAACAUGCGAUUUAAUUAUACAGUAGUUGGGCGUUGGAUUGGUACAGUCACCAAAAAUGCCUCAUUAGCAGUGAUGAACACUCUUUACUGGCAUGAACAGGACAUAGCGUGUACUUCUGCUAGAAUCUUCUCGAAUUGGUUAAAUUGGGUCGAUAUUUGUCACCCACCUGUGGGGAAAAUAGAAUCACGUUUCUUCUACCUCAUACCAGACAAAGGUAUAGGCAACUACGAGAACCGUUUCCUCACCCCGCUAUCCCCCGCCGUGUGGUGGUGUGCUGUCGCCGCGGGUAUAUUCUGCGCGUGUGUGCUUGCAGUGUCCGCAGUUGUGGAGAAGCGGCCUGGGCCCGCCGUGUAUGCUGUGUUGAGCGUGCACGGCGCGGUUUGCCAACAAGCGUAUGAAGAGGGGUCUCAAAUAAUAGAUGAACAGCUUUCAAGCCAAGGUGGUCGCCUCACCAUGCUAGUAAUAGGAAUGACGAGCAUGCUACUGUAUAACUACUACACAAGUAGCGUAGUAUCCUGGCUGCUGAGUGCCGCCCCUCCAACCCUUCAAGAUAUAGAUGGACUUAUUAACAGCGAUUUUGAACUUAUCUUUGAAGAUAUUGGAUAUACCAGAGGGUGGUUUGAGGACGCCGGUUUCUUUUAUUACAGUGGUUAUAAAAAUCCAAAAGAAGAUGUGUUGAGACAGAAAAAAGUAACUCAUGCAAAACGUUAUAAAGAUAUCUAUCAGCCUGUUGAAUAUGGCAUCGAAUUGAUAAAAAGUGGAGAUUACGCAUACCAUACGGAGCCGUACACAGCAUACCAGUCCAUUUCUCGAACGUUCGACGACGCAGAGCUCUGCAGGCUUGGCUCCUUACCAAUGAUCAAACCUUCCCCUACGUAUGUUAUGACGCAGAAACGGAGCCCUUAUAAGCAAUUCUUUAAUUGGAGUUUAAUGCGACUAAAAGAGAGAGGUCACAUAACAGCCAUACAGGCGCGGAUAGCCGGGUUCAUCGCAACUUGUUCGGGUAGUACCCCUCGAGCGCUGGCUUUGGGGCAAGCUGCACCAGCUUUUGGACUGCUUGUAGUGUCAGCUAUUCUGUCACUUAUUAUAAUGUUUGGAGAAAUUGUUUGGUUUCGGUGGAAUAAAAAGCCCAUAAAGGGUCGUUCUCGUAAUGCACGAGAGACCAACGGGAAAUAUUUUACGAGGCCCUAAAAACAAUAAGGAGUGAUGGACAACACGCAGUAGUUAUUAUAAAUAUAUAAUAUAUUAUAUACUUAUAGUGUUUGCACAGUUAUUAGUAAUUAGGAUGUAGUAUUAGUAAAAUUUCAAAUUGUUAUUUUCAAGCGAUUGAUCGAUUUGAAAUAGGUACUUUUAAUUGCGAUAGUGUAGUACAUAUUUGUAAGUUUCAUAGUCAGAAACGAUUCAUCAAAAUUCAAGAGUUUUUAGCAAAAUAUAGAACUUCUACUCCCAGUAAAGCAUCGUCUGGCAUUUAAUGUAGUGGCUGAUAAAAUAUAUUUUAAGCUUGAAUUUUUAUAUAAUAAUUUAUCGAAAUUUCAAAUGUUAAAAAAUAGAAUGUAUUCUUUCCUUAAGUGAACGGAAGUUGAUUGUAUUUUCGUUAAAAAAUUGUUAUACAUCUUCCGGCGAGCGUUACAUAAAAAAUAACUUGGCUCUACUUAAAAUAAAGUAAAUAAUUUACAUCAAUUAACGAAAAUAAAGAUAUUAAUAGAUACCUAGGUACGCUCUUUAUUUAUUUAAAGUGCAGAUUAUUUUGCUAACUAAUGUAGCAAUAUGAAGAUUUGUUUUUUUGGGAACACACAAAUAUACUAUAAGAG